CAUUAGGCCGUUCCGUACCUUCACCACUGGCUUUGACGGAGAUCGAAACAAAACAUCAUGGCGAUUGAUGGUGGUGACCGAAACUGUGGAGGUCAUGAGCUGAUCUGUGUCAGAAAAGUCUCUCCAGAGGUGCUGGGGUUGCUGACGGCAAUAGGACUCUUCAUCAUGCUCCUGACCAUCCUCUUCUGGUACCUCAACACCAAGUUGGCACUAGAGAAUCCAGGAAGCCUUCAGUGCCUUGAUGACUUACGGAAAAGAACAGAGCUGCAAAGCACGGCCUACCCUGAUGCCAACCAGCAGAGCUCUUCUUCAGACAGUGAGGAUGACCUAAUGGGUCAGUUUCAAGAAGCAGCUAGCCGCUCCCAAGGCCUCAGAGAAGGUGCCAAGGCAGCUGCUAAUGUGAAACUUGAAAGUGGUUUCAGCUGGCAAAGCCUCCAGAAGUACAGCCUGCUGACUGCUGAUUAUGAUGGCUACAGUAGCGAAGCCUCGGCUGAUCAUGCCAAUUGCAUCCAAAGGAUUAGAAGAACCCCCCCAUUGGAUGAGCUUCAGCCACCUCCCUAUCAGGAUGAGAAUGGAUCUCCAAGGAUGUCUUGUACACUGUCAGACCUGGGAGAUGCCAAGUGCUAUUUCUCACAUACCAGUGGAAGUCCCCACCUGUCUUUUGGAAAAUGUCCAAGCGAAGACAGUGACGAACAUGAGAGCUACCUCAACAAGGGCUAUGAGGAGGAUGUUCCUAGUGACAGUACAGCUGUCCUCAGCCCAGAGGAUUAUUCAGCCCGUGGGUCAGCAGCUCAGCUACCAAAAGGAUAUGACAUAGAUCCACUUGCAAAACAUGGCACUCUGGAUGUUGUGUUUGACUAUGAUUCAGAGGACCAGCAGCUAGCAGUCACAAUCGUGGCAGUAUCGGAUCUCCCCCCUCUAAAACACACUGGAAACAUUACUUGGCAGGUCCAUCUUGUGAUGCUGCCCUCCAAGAAGCAGAAGGCAAAGACAGGGAUCCACAAAGGCCCAUGCCCAAUCUUCACGGAGACCUUCCGAUUUAGCCAUGUGGAAGCAGAGAUGAUAAGUAACUACGCUAUCCGAUUCCGUCUGUAUAGUAUGCGGCGGAUGAAAAAAGAGGAGGUGCUCGGGGAAAAGUUGUUCCAUCUCACCAAGCUCAACCUUCAGGGCAGAGUGUCUGUGCCUGUCAUAUUAGACUCCUGCUGUGCUCUCCUGGUUGGUGAAUCCCAGGUCAGCCUAUCAGAUAUGACAUGCAGUGAAAGUGCUUCAUCGUUCCAGUCAGUCAGUCAGAUUUCCACACCAGAGAUCCUUGUUGGCCUGGUGUACAAUGCCACAACAGGACGUCUCUCUGUGGAGGUCAUCAAAGGUAUCCAUUUCAGAAAUUCAGCUGCCAACAAGCCACCCAAUACUUUUGUCAAGCUGACCUUGAUCAACUCCAUGGGCCAUGAGAUGUCCAAGUGUAAGACAUCCAUCUGUCGGGGUCAGACCAACCCAACCUACAAAGAGACAUUUGUCUUCCAGGUAGCCCUUUUCCAGCUUUCAGAUGUCACACUCAUCUUCUCUGUCUACAACAAGCGCAGCAUGAAGCGCAAGGAAAUGAUUGGCUGGAUUUCACUUGGCCUCAACAGCUCUGGAGAGGAGGAGCUCACUCACUGGACUCAGAUGAAGGAAUCUAAAGGAGAGCAGGUUUGCCGCUGGCACACUUUGUUGGAGUCCUAGCAGAAAAAGGUUUUUUGAAGAGAGUGGUUUUAUAAUUCUGCAGAGCAAAGGUGAGGAUAAUGACAUAUGUUCAGGAAACAAGUGGUCAGUCAGAAAAAGAAAAAACAAUGUAGUCAUUGAACAGUUCUCACAGAUAUUUAUUUGUCGCACUGCUUGUAAUGUGAAGUCAUUUGGCUAAUGACUUGCAAUUGCUUUUAAGUUUCUGUUGACGGCAUGCUGUUGAGCUGGGACUGCCACCAACAUGUAGACUCUGCUUUGACUGACCCAACUAA